CUGAUGCUCAGUGGGCGAGAGGUCAUCGAGGUCAUUUCUGCUCCUCGAGGAGCCUGGCCUCACUCAGCCUGCGGACUGUUGGGGUGAAGCAGGAGAUGGCGUGGUCAGCGGUCCUCUUGGAAGAACUGUAGGAGAAGCCGUCAUGAAGGUCUCAGUGAGGCCGGGUGACGCUCCAGAAUGGGAGACAAGCCAAUUUGGGAGCAGAUUGGAUCCAGCUUCAUUCAACAUUACUACCAGUUAUUUGAUAACGACAGAACCCAACUAGGCGCAAUUUAUAUUGACGCAUCAUGCCUUACGUGGGAAGGACAGCAAUUCCAGGGGAAAGCUGCCAUUGUGGAGAAGUUGUCUAGCCUUCCGUUCCAGAAAAUCCAGCACAGCAUCACGGCGCAGGACCAUCAGCCCACGCCAGAUAGCUGCAUCAUCAGCAUGGUUGUGGGCCAGCUCAAGGCUGAUGAAGACCCCAUCAUGGGGUUCCACCAGAUGUUCCUAUUAAAGAACAUCAACGAUGCUUGGGUUUGCACCAAUGACAUGUUCAGGCUUGCCCUGCACAACUUCGGCUGACCUCCUCCCAGCCAGGCACUCAUGCUGUUUCCUCCUCCCUCCUCUCCCCAAUAUUAUUCACACUCCUACAGAUGCUCCAAAUAUCAUACACAAAUGAGCAGGGCCGCGGUGGGAGCGGGCGCAGUGCGCUGCUGCUACUGGGGUAUUGUGCAUGAUGUUUGGACGCUAGACUAGUUGCAUCUGACAGGAGAAGUUUGUGUUGUACCAGCGCAUGCCUUGGAAAGACUUAAGUAAUGCAAAAGGUUGUUUUUUUUUGUUUUUUUUUUGUUUUUUGUUUUUUAAUCUACUGACAAGUUGCUCUAGUAACCCAAAGAAGUGAAGGAGAAAGCAGCUGCCUCACCGCCCAGAUAUUGAUUUGUUCGGAUGUUUCAAUGCCUCAUGAUACAAUAAAACCACAAAAAUUUUCUUAACAGUUUAAA